AUGGAAAAAAGAAAGAUGAUGAAUAGCAGGCAUAUUGGGAAUUAUGCUUCCAUUCUAAUAUUGAUAAAAUUCAACCUGGAGAGAAAAAUCUUUGAACCUAAAUACCAUGGAAACCCUUCCACCAUAAACAAGCCCUUAAAAGUCAGAGAAUUUAAACUGGGGAGAAAUCCUAUGAAUGUUCUGACUGUAGAAAAGCAUUUAUCCAGAAAGAAAACCUUGCUUUUCAUCAGAGAACUCACACUGGAGAGAAACCUUAUGAAUGCUGUGAAUGUGCAAAAGCCUUCAGCCAGAAGUCAACCCUCAUUGCACACCAGAGAACGCAUACAGAGGAGAAGCCCUAUGAAUGCAAUGAAUGUGUGA